AUGGUUGCUUUGGGUGUGGUCAGCAGGGCCACUUCUUCAGGGAUUGUCCAUCGGCAAAUCAGAACAAUGGAGGCAAUGCAGCUUAGUCCACUAAUUCAGCAGCCCAUCAUAACUCUCAAGCUCAGCAAGGGCGCGGCACAGCAAAGUCUAAUAAUGCAAGUGGUGGACGAAACCGCUUAUCCGGGAUCCACCCUAUCUUAUGUAACCCCAUAUAUUGCUAAGAAAUUUGGGAUAGAACCAGAAAAGUUAUGUGAACCCUUUGAAGUGUCCACUCCAAUUGGAGAAUUAGUUAUAACAAGGUGUAUCUAUAGGGGAUGUCCAGUCAAAGUGCAUCAUCGUCUUACUGUAGCAGACUUAGUAGAAUUGGAGUUAGACUUCGAUGUGAUCAUGGGCAUGGAUUGGUUAGAGUCAUGUUAUUCCACAGUAGGUUGCAGAACCAAAAUAGUAAGUUUCGAAUUUCCCGGUGAACCAGUCUUAGAAUGGAAGGGUGAUGCAGUAACACCUAUGGUUAGAUGCUCAGAUCCCACUCUCCAGUCGGUACCAAUUGUAAAUGAGUUUCCAGAAGUGUUUCCCGAAGAUCUCCCUAGAGUCCCUCCCGAUAGAGAGAUUGACUUUGGAAUUGAUCUACUUCUAGGCACUAAGCCGAUAUCUAUUGUGCCUUAUAGAAUGGCUCCAGCAGAGUUGAAAGAGUUAAAAGUCCAGUUGAAAGAUCUUCUAGAUAAGGGAUUUAUAAGGCCAGAUGUCUCACCUUGGGGCGCACCGCAUGGUAAAGUCAUAGCCUAUGCGUCGAGGCAACUCAAGGCUCACGAGAAGAAUUAUCUGACUCAUGAUCUUGAAUUAGCAGCUGUGGUGUUUGCGCUUAAGAUCUGGUGCCAUUAUUUGUAUGGGGCAAAUGUUGUAGCCGAUGCUCUUAGUCGGCGUUCUAUGGGAAGAUUAGCUCAUGUUGAGGCAGACAAGCGAACUAUGAUGAAGGAAGUCCACCGCUUAGCAAGUCUAGGAGUUCGACUUUUGGACUCCGAAGAUGGUGGCGUUGUUCUCCAGAACAGGGCUGAAUCCUCCUUAGUAGCCGAAGUAAAAGAAAAACAGUUUAGUGAUCCCUACUUAUUGAAGCUAAAGGAAGGAAUUCACAAACACAAGACUAUGGCUUUUGAACAAGGGGGAGAUGAUGGGCUACCUCGCUCGUUCCAAAAGCAUGAUUCAAUUUGGGUAAUUGUAGACCGACUUACCAAGUUAGCUCACUUCUUGCCAGUGAAGACUAUAGAUUCGGCCGAGGAUUAUGCCAAGUUGUGUAUCAAAGAAAUUGCCCGAUUGCAUGGGACUCCUUUGUCCAUUAUCUCAGAUCGCGGUGCUAGGUUCACAUCAAACUUUUGGAAGUCCUUUCAGAAGGGAUUGGGCACAAGGGUGAACCUUAGCACCGCCUUUCAUCCUUAG